AUGUCGAAAUCAAAGCAUCAAGAGGAAGUCCUCCAAUUCCUUGACGAUCUUGACUCCUUCACACCGGUAGAGAAACCGACUGGGUCAGAGGGUAGUCCUUCUAGCUUGUCCGCCCAAGGCUUCGGAAAUCCAUCCCCUACUGUUCCAAACCCCAACGCUCAGGGUAAACCUGGUGGCGAGGCUGAAGUCUUAGCUUUUCUUGACGAAAUCACUCAGAAGUCCGCCGAGCCUACCCACCGUACACCUGGCAUAAGUCUUACGGAACGACCUAGUUCGCGCGCUGGCACGCCGUCGUUGAGGAAGCCGACUGAACGGGUUCGCGUUGGUUCAUCAUCCCCGUUGCUACCCGCCUCAAGUGGCCCAGCCACGCCAUCUACUACGGCCGGCGGGACUGGGGCCGCUGAGAAGGGCAAAUCUCCUGAGCCUUCUGCAUCAACUGCUAGCAAAGGAGGAUGGGGAUGGGGUAGUGUUUGGACCACCGCGUCUGCUGCUAUCCAGCAAGCAAAAACGGCUGUAGACGAGCAAGUCAAGAACCUACCGAAUAACGAGCAAGCUCGUAAAUGGAGUGAAGGCGUCAUGGAGUAUGCAAAGACAGCGCAAUUGGACAAGCUCGGCAAGGACUUCAAGCAAUUAGGGUUGUCUACACUCACCGACAUAUUGAACGUCGUCGCUCCGCCCAUAUCAGAACAUGAAGUCAUACAAAUCUGGCUGAGCCACGACAUGCGUGGCUACGACGGCGUUGAAUCUUUGGUAUACCGUUCGCUGAGUAGGGUUCUGGAGCAAGUUGAGGGCGGCGAUCUCAUUGUGAAUCGCGGCGAUGAGUCGAAACCAAAGACGACUGGUGACGAGGGUCGAGAACUUAAUGCUGUUGAAGGUUAUGAAGCUGCCUCGAAGCUCGCUCAGGCCAAUAUCGACGAGAUUAUCAAGGUCAAUGUAGCCAAAACUGCCAAAUCUGACCCAUCGUCAACCCAAACGCCAACGACGUAUUCUCACGUUUACUUGCGCAUUCAGCCCUUCCUUAGCUCCCUCACAAUACCAUCUACUAAGCUUCCGGCAGCUGAGGAUGGGACUGAAUCUCCCCAAUCAGAACCGGAGACUCACAGCCAGCUUCAGUACCUACUGCAUCUAUCGGACCCCGAACAUUUACUGGUCUGCGCGACGGUCACUCAAACUGUUCCAGGUCAUUGGUUGGAGCUGUGGGAUCAGUACGAUUGGGUGGAAGACUCCGUAGCCGAAUCACUACGAGUAGGGUUGGAAGUCAUUGGUCAAGAAUAUCUUGUUAAGCGGAUGGGAUGGGCUAAAGGCAAGAAAGCUCAGACAAACGACGAGAUUCAAGGCGGUGAAGCUGGCAGCAAGCCAACAGAGGUCUAG